GGUAUCAGCCGCAGAGGGGCUCGGUGAGGCGCUCAGAGGUCGCAGGGAGCUGAACACGAGCUCCGCGGAGCCUCGGACGGUUGAAAAGAGGGUGAGAGAAGAGGAAGAGGAGGAGGCGACAACAGAACACACUGCAUGUGACCGAACAGCUGGGCGCGGCUUCACGCGGCUCCCCGCUGGAGGUUUCGAGUGUUUCCUCGCUGAACAUCGAGGACAUUUUGGAUUUGUGUGUCAUUAAGUCUGAACCGGUCGAGGGACUCCUCGCCUCCUCGACCCUUCCUCUCCUCUCGCUGGAGGAUAUUCUGAGCGAGGUGAUAUACUUUUUAUUUUUGUGCGGAGACAUUUGGGACGACGACGUUGAUCAACUUGAGCCCGGAGCCUGCGCGUCAUGGGCCCGCCUGGAGCCGCUCUCUGAGGGGUGGAGGGGGGGUUAGCUCGCUGCUAGCCCGCUGCUAGCCCGGACUGAACUCGGUCCCCGGCUGGAAGCCUCGCCGCUUCUCGACACACGUUUUGGGGAUAGCGGCGACCUCCCGGACACCGUGUGCACGCGCACGCGACUGAGGGUUCAGGGCCUGAGGAUGUCGAAGCGCAGCCUGUUUGUGCGCCUGGUGCCGUGCCGCUGCCUGCGCGGCGAGGAGGAGGCGGUGACGUCGCUCGACUACUCCCACUGCAGCCUGGAGGCGGUGCCCAAGGAGGUGUUCGGCUUCGAGAAGACGCUGACGGAGCUCUACCUGGACGCCAACCAGAUCGAGGAGCUGCCCAAGCAACUGUUUAACUGUCAGUUGCUCCAGCGCCUGAGCCUCCCCGAUAACGACCUGACGGUGCUGCCGGCGGCCAUCGCCAACCUCCUCCACCUCCGGGAGCUCGACGUCAGCAAGAACAGUAUUCAGGAGUUCCCGGAAAACAUCAAGAACUGCAAAGUCCUGACGGUCGUGGAGGCGAGCGUCAACCCCAUCUCCAGGCUCCCCGAUGGCUUCACGCAGCUCCUCAGCCUCACGCAGCUCUACCUGAAUGACGCCUUCCUGGAGUUCCUCCCGGCGAGCUUCGGCAGGUUGACUAAGCUACAGAUCCUGGAGCUGAGGGAGAACCAGCUGAAGAUGUUGCCCAAGAGCAUGCACAAGCUCACCCAGCUGGAGAGGCUGGACCUGGGGAGCAACGAGUUCACUGAAGUGCCUGAGGUUCUGGAGCAGCUGACUGGGAUCAAGGAGUUGUGGAUGGACGGCAACAGACUGACGUUUCUACCUGGGAUGCUGGGCUCGCUGAAGCAGCUGUCCUACCUGGACGUGUCCAAGAACAGCCUGGAGAUGGUGGACGAGCAGAUCUGCGGCUGCGAGAACCUCCAGGACCUCCUGCUGUCCAACAACGCGCUCACACAGCUGCCCGGCUCCAUCGGUUCUCUGAAGCGGCUGUCGGCCCUGAAGGUGGAUGAGAACCAGCUGAUGUACCUGCCCGACUCCGUGGGGGGGCUGAGCGCUCUGGACGAGCUGGACUGCAGCUUCAAUGAGAUCGAGGCGCUGCCCUCGUCCAUCGGUCAGUGCGGCGCCAUCCGGACCUUCGCGGCGGAUCACAACUUCCUCAGCGUGCUGCCCCCCGAGAUGGGCAACUGGAAGAACGCCACGGUGCUGUUCCUCCACUCCAACAAGCUGGAGGGUCUGCCCGAGGAGAUGGGCGACAUGCACAAGCUCAAGGUCGUCAACCUCAGCAACAACAAGUUGAGGAACCUCCCCUACAGCUUCACCCGGCUCCACCAGCUGACGGCCAUGUGGCUGUCGGAGAACCAGUCGAAGCCCCUCAUCCCUCUGCAGAAGGAGGAGGACCCGGAGACCCACAAGACCGUGCUGACCAACUACAUGUUCCCCCAGCAGACCAGGACCGAGGACUACGUUCCCAGCUCCGACUCGGAAAGCUUCAACCCGGCUCUGUGGGAGGAGCAGCGCAAGCAGCGCGCCCAGGUGGCCUUCGAGUGCGACGAGGACCAGGACGAGAGGGAGACCCCCCCGAGGGAGGGGAACCUGAAGCGCUACCCCACGCCGUACCCUGGCGAGCUGAAGAGCAUGGUGAAGACGGCCCAGUGCGUGGCCCACCGGCUGAGGGAGGACGAGUCGGGCGGCGAGGCGGCGAGGAACCCCAUCGGGGUCCAGGCCGUGGGGGUCAAGGUGAUCGAGGCGCCGGACCCCGACGGCUCGGCAUCGGACGCCGAGUCCCAGAUCUCCACCAACACGUCGGGCCAGAACCAGAACCCGUCCGCCACGGAGCCCAAGGACACGUCGGACUCCUCCGGCGCCCGCAAGGCCCCGUCCGGACCACCGGGGGGCGCCGACCACGAGGACACGCUGGACUCUGACGAGCUGUCCGAUGAAGAGGAGGAGAUGAAGAUGGCGGAGAUGAGGCCACCGCUCAUCCAGAUCUCCAUCAACGCGCCCAAAGUGGUGACGCUGAGCAAGGAGGCCAAAGACGACGCUGACUCCCUAUUGGACGACACCGUUGCCAACAGCAACCAGAACAACAGCAACUGCUCGUCCCCGUCGCGCAUGUCCGACUCCGUGUCUCUGACCACGGACAGCAGCCAGGACGACUCGCUGGGCACGAGGCCCUUCCUCCCCGAGAGCCGGCUCGAGGACCAGAACAUGAACCGGGCCCCGGCCUCCGGCCCCCCGCUCCACAACGGGAACGGCUCGGAGUCGUCGCUCCAGGCGCUCCUGAAGAGCCCCCCGGACAAGAUGGCCGACUACGACCUGUCGCUGGCGUUCAUGGAGAAGAGGCUGGACAACGGCGUGGAGUCGUACGGCGAGUGGGACCAGAUCAACAUGAACGUGUCCGGGCCGCCCGCCGACAACACGGCCGGGAGCGGUGACCCCGUGACCCCGGACGGGGACGACAACGUGGACGAGAGCCUCCUGAACGGGAACCGGCGGGCGGCCAACGGCGACACGUCUCUGUCGCGCAGCAGCGAGGAGCUGUCGCCGGGCAGGAGGGGCCGGCCGGGGGCCCCGGCUCACAGCGGCGGCCACACGGAGGCCCCGGCUGACAGCGGCGGCCACACGGGGGGGGCGGGCCUCAAGCUGUACUCCUUCGACGGCGACGGCGAGGACUCUUACGACGCGGCGGGCGGCGGCGCUCGGGGCCAGAGCGUCAUCGUGCGGAGCAAGUCGGCCAGCCAGCUGGGGGCCCCCCCCGCGCCGCGGGCCCCCCCCGGCUCCUCGGCGUCCUCCCUGAACCUGCUGUGCUCCGCUCAGCCCCCCCCCGGCCGGCUCCCCCCCCCGCAGUACAACGUGCAGUACUCCAGCAGCGGCGUUCCCAGAGAGGCGCUCUGGAGGACGGCCGUGCCCCCGGAGGGCUGCCUGGCCCCGCCCCCCCACUCGCUCGCCAACACCAACUACUCCAACCGCAAUCAGGCGCCCCCGUACGCCCUCCAGCAGAGGCCGCCUCCCCCCCCCGUGGACAUGUGGACUAGGGAGCGCCCCCCCCCGCGGAGCGCCACCCUGCAGCGGCAGAGCAGCUCCGCUUCCACAGCCUCCGUCGACUCCGCGGCCGACCCGCGGCGCGGCGACUACCUGACGUACCGGGACAUCCACACGCUCGCCAGGGGCCCGCUGGCCAUGAGCCACGCCAUGCAGCGGCCCCUGUCGGCGCGCACCUACAGCGUGGACGUGCCGGGGGCCCCCCCCCGGAGCCUGGGCCCCUCCGGGCCGCGGCCCCGCGAGCUCCCGGAGAGGACCGUGUCCGUCAGCGACUUCCACCACCAGCAGGGCGGCGGCCCGGCCGCGAGGCCCGGCGCCCGGUCCGAGCACUCGCUGCUGGACGGGCCGGGGGUGGUGCCGCCCGACUGGAGGGACCAGGUGAUGCGGCACAUCGAGGCCAAGAAAAUGGAAAAGAGCGCGCCGUUUCGCUCCUGUAACGCCAUGGGCGGGCCCCCGCCGGGCGGCUCGCUCUACGGCAGCCACGGCUCGCUGGGCGGUCGGGACGGAGCGCCCCACGCUGGCUUCAGUGAUGACGUGUUUCCACAAGGACAGCAGAGCUACAGCGUGGAGCACCACAGACAGGGGCCUCUGCUGAUGGCCCGCCACGCCUCCAGGGAGCAGCUCAUCGACUACCUGAUGCUCAAGGUCUCCCACGGGCCCCCGGGGGCCCCGCGAGCCCCGCAGGACGCGCUGCAGCAAGAGAUCCAUGUGAAAAUGGAGAAGAAUCCCGAGCUGGGUUUCAGUAUCUCAGGAGGAGUGGGCGGCCGGGGGAAUCCGUUCCGACCAGACGACAACGGUAUAUUUGUGACGAGGGUUCAACCUGAGGGACCGGCGUCCAUGAUCCUUCAGCCUGGAGACAAAAUCCUACAGGCGAACGGCUAUAACUUUGUGAACAUCGACCACCUGCACGCCGUGUCCCUCCUGAAGACGUUCCCCAACACGGUGGACAUGCUGAUCGUAAGAGAAGCGUCGGCGUAGACGCCACCGAGAGCCACCGAGCCGGAGCGGAGGACGUUUUACGUUGACUCAUAUUUUUAUAAGCAGAGGAGACUAUUUAUAGCAGAGAUCUUCACGGCCUUGAUUUAAACGGGGGGAAAACCACUGAAUGUCGACGAGGGGGCGGGGCAUGAGUCCUCCCAAGGCCGUCACUGUGGUAUCUAUAUUUUUAUACAAAGGAAGCUGAAGAUAUUCGACCUGCUCUGAUGCAACUCGUCGCUGUGGUCUGCUUCCAUACAUCCUGUUAUCGUGAAUUAGGUUUUUUAUUUCUCCAGUUUGACCACUAGGGGGCCGAUUCCCUCGUUUGCCUUUUUUCUUUUGUACACGUCUAAUUUAAGAUGUUGAACCCUUUGUGAUCUCGUGUGGAGGACGAUGUUCCGUGUGUUUGGGCCGUGGAGGUGUCAAGGAGGUGUGUUUUGAGGAGAGAUAUUCUUUUUAUUUCUCCUCUUGCAUGAUGGGAAGGGUUGAGAGGAGGAGCAGGAACGGGGGGACGGCCUCCAGCUGCACAUCACCGGGCCGCCGCCGCCGUUUUCACGAUGGCGAGAACAUGGAGAAGAAAAUGUAAAUGUUGGGGGGAGGGGAAGAGGAUGUUUUAGAUUUAGUUUAAAGUUUGAACAUUAAGUGACGUUGACGUGAUCAGAGAGAGCACUCUUUAUUUUGUUCCCGAAAGCACGCGUUUCAUUUUCCGCCAGAAAGGGAACAUGUGGGGGGGUUUCCCGCCAGAAAAUGAACGCACGGGGUUUCAUUUUUUGCCGAAAAAAUGUCCGGACGAUUCCUCCUCCUCCUUCUUUUCUUUUUCUUAAGCGGAGAACGAUUUGGCGCUUGUGCUAGUCGACCAAAGCGGGUUUUUGGGGAUUGAGGCUGGAGGCGACUCUUCUUGAGUUGUUCCUCCAGGCCGCCGCCCUCCUCUCGCAGGCCACCGCCCUCCUCUCGCAGGCCACCGCCCUCCUCUCUCAGGCCGCCGCCCUCCUCUCGCAGGCCACCGCCCUCCUCUCGCAGGCCGCCGCCCUCCUCUCUCAGGCCGUCGGGCUCAACAUCGUUGGAUUUGGGAGGAGACCACCGUUUGCCUUUGUGUGUGUACACAUGUUUUAUCGUGCUUUUUACUCAUCACUUUGGUUUCUCUCCAUGUUUUUAAGUCUUUGCUGUACAGAGAAGAGUCAAGUGCCAUAGACCUUGAACUGUUUGAACAGGGGGCGACCUUUGACCCCCAGAACCAGAGCAAUAUCCACAACCUUCUGAGUACGUUUGCAGCAUAUAAUGGCUUAAAAAAUAGCAAUAUUUAAAGCCUUUAUUUUCAUGAACAAUUUUUUAAAAAAUAAAAUCUAACAGCAUUUUUUAAAAACACAAUCUUAAUAAUAAUCACCGAUGAUUUUACCAGAUUUUUAUAUUGUGAAAAGAAUCUUUUUUUUCUUUUUUAAUGAAAUAGUACCGGAAAUAUAUAUAUAUAUAUAUAUAUAUUUAUUUAUUUGCGGCAAGUGGUUAAAAAAAAGUGAGAUUUCUCUGCAUUGUGUAAAAGUGAAUCCAGAUGAUCUUUGGUGCAAAAAUUAUAAAUUUUCACCCCGAAAGAAACGAUCCAGUCGAAGCUACAUUUCUAAUGUCUGUCAAGGGAACGUUAAUAUCCAUUCGCUCGUCAAUAACUCGAUGAGAUCCACUGAGGGUUGACCCCGUGACCUCCCAACAAUACAUCGUAACCACUGAAUUGUUUGUACAAUGUAUAAUUUUAUCCUCGACCUGUUGCAGAUGGAUCUGACCCCGCCUCUUAUCCUCGUGGACCGUCUAGCCAAAAUAACAACACUGUUGUGAUUAACUCCUUUUUUUUAAUAUAGUUUUUAUUUUUUAAACCAAAUCUAAAAAUUGGUACAUUUUAUUCAACAGGCCAACAUUUAACAAUGUGCAUUUCCCUCAAAUUCUCACAGAAAGUAAGAAUUUUAACGCGGAUGAGUCGUUUGUAUUAAUUUAGUUGACUUUCUGAGAUAUGGGGGGGGGGCGUUUCUGUGCUAACGGUCACUUUAUAUAUGAAAUACAACAUAAAGACCCCGUGUCACUCGAGGGAGAGGAGGGUUCUAAUCCUUCUUAUUUAUUUAGCAGUCUUUUGUGGGUUCUUUUUAGACCGCACUAAUCAACCUGUAAAUAAUCUCUUUAGGAAACAAACACUUUGAGAAAAUAAUUAAUUAACGGCAUUAGUGACUUGCGAUUGUAAAACCAGCAAUAAAUUGCAAUGCAGAGGCACUUGUUUUAAUGUAUAGCUAGUAUUUCUAAGGUUGCUCUGGAAACGGCCGCAGUGAUGAUGAUGAUGAUGAUAUGCAUUUAUCCAACAUUCCAGAUUUUUGUACAUAAUUAUUUGUUUCUGAAGUAACCUGUGGAAAAUAAACUAAUGCUCUUUAGCAAAAAAAUU